AUUUUUAGACUGCAAGCUGUGCCAGCAUGUGCAUGCAAAUGGAGGUGUGUUAAACAGAUAACACACCCUCUGUCAAAUUCUUGAAGUUUGUUUUGUUACCAGAGACAAGGAAGAUGUCCCUGACUGCCUCAAAAGACUUCCUCACUCCGAGUUAUACCGAAAAACAAGCUCAUUAUUUCACUUUUUUUCCCUUCUGGUUAGAGGUUUGUCUAAAGAGUAUCACACAAUCUUUAAAUAGACAUUUUGUAAAAAUGAAACCACCAUAAAAAGUACAAACUGUUAAGCACAAAAAUCCACAUGCCUUGUUAUAGGGUGAAUCUACUGUUGAAAUGAGAUCUUUCCAAAAUGAACAUCUCAUUUCUUUUGCAGCACAUAUCCACCAGUAUUUAAUCUAAAUUGGGGAGGUGAUCAGCUUCUCCUAAAAGCUCCCCUCUCUCAGUGGGCCGGUAGUAAAAUAAAUUCCUGCUGCCAAGCACCUCAGUUGCUAAGUAACACUUUUUUAAACAAGAAGAACCUUGAAUUCCUUGUGUUCGGAGAAAUGAGGCUUCAUCUGCUCAAACGGAAUCAAAAUCAAAAGAAAGUCUCAACCAGAUAAACAUCGGUGAAGAACAAAGGGGGAAAAAAAUGCACCAUGUCCAAAGGAAAGGGAGCCAAAGGGGCUAAACAAACCCUCAAGUCAGCCAAAAAGGCAAUACAGAUAACACCAGAUGGAAAGCGUAGGCUUGUCCUUAGCAACAUGGGUCUAACCGUCUUCCCCAAGUGUCUCUUCAAGCUGACCAAUCUGGAUGAAUUGGACCUCAGUCGUAAUCUUUUACAGAAACUCCCUGAUAGCAUUGGGAACUUCUCAUCUCUUACAAGGCUGGAUCUGCACAGUAAUAAGCUAGAGUCUUUGCCAGAGUCCGUGGGGAACCUGACAGGCCUGACCCACCUUAACCUUGCAAACAACUGUCUGACGUUUGUGGGUUUACCCUUCUCACUUGGUUGCCUCACCAAUCUGAAGAGUCUCAAUCUGGGAAUGAACCAGCUGGAUGACCUACCUCCCCCUUUGGAGAACUUAGUAAAUCUACAAGAGUUGGGUUUGUUUGAUAAUCGCUUCCUCAAGCUGCCAGAGUUUGUUAAAGUCCUUCGCAACCUCACAAAACUAAAUCUGAAAAGAAACCCUUUGGAACAUACUCAAGGAAAUGAAGAAAGCAUGAAAAAUAGAAAGCUAGAAGCACAAGAAGAAGCAUACUUGGUCCAUGAAAGCAUUCUAUGCAGGAUGUGCCUUACAAAAUACAAAGCACAAAAGGAAAACCUUGUCAGAGAUGGAGAUAUGUCUAAGGAGAAGAAAAAAAGGACAUUUAGUGGACUCAUGACACCAAACUCAGUGGCCAUACUGAGUCAAAAUGAAUGGAGAUUGAAAACAAAGCAAAGUAAAGACUAUUGGCCAAGUUUGUGCUAACAGAAAAGUACUGUUUCAUUUAAUGCAAAGUUUACUUUACAAAUAAAAACGUUGUUGUUA